UUCCAACAAGGGCAGCAAGAACCCCAAAGACUCUUUAGACUCUUCUGCUGUGUUGUUUUGUCUUACUUGGGUAUUUGAGAAACAGCCACAAUGAAUUUCCUGCGAAGGCGCCUCUCAGAUAGUAGUUUUGUGGCCAACUUGCCAAAUGGUUACAUGAUGGACCUUCAGCGUCCUGAUAAUUCCACCAGCAAUCCUGUUUCCCCAGCAACAGAGAGGAGGCAGCAGCCUGCACAGCUACCUGCUUCUGUUUCUUCUGGUACCAGCAUCUUCAGUUCCAUCUCCAGUGCCAUGAAGCAGACCACGCAAGCAGCUGCGGGGCUCAUGGAGCACACGGCAAGCCCUACCCCUGUAGUCCAGCAGAAACCCCAAAUCCUCUUGGUAAUUGACGAUCCACACACUGAUUGGACCCCUCUAAGCCUGACUAAGACUGCAGUCCUAACCUCACAUAUCUGGAAGUCUAAAUAUUUUCAAGGGAAGAAGGUGAAUGGGGAAUUUGAAAUCCGAGUGGAACAGGCAGAGUUUUCAGAACUGAACUUGGCUUCAUAUGUAGGCACUGGCUGUAUGGUGGACAUGCAAGUCAUAAGGAAUGGCACCAAAGUGGUCAGAUCCUUCAAACCUGACUUUGUACUCAUCCGGCAGCAUGCUUACAGCAUGGCACUAGGAGAGGACUUCCGCAGCCUCAUCAUUGGCCUCCAAUAUGGCGGAGUCCACAGUGUCAACUCUCUUUUCUCCAUCUACAAUUUUUGCAGCAAGCCCUGGGUGUUCUCUCAGCUAAUUAAAAUCUUCAACUCUCUGGGUCCUGAGAAGUUCCCUCUUGUGGAGCAAACCUUCUUUCCAAGCCAUAAACAGAUGCUCACAACUCCAGCUUUCCCUGUUGUCGUCAAGCUGGGACAUGCUCAUGCUGGAAUGGGGAAGGUGAAAGUUGAGAACCAGCUUGACUUCCAAGACAUCGCAAGCGUGGUAGCCAUGGCCAAAACGUACGUCACGACGGAGACUUUCAUUGAUUCCAAAUAUGAUAUUCGAAUCCAGAAAAUUGGCAACAAUUACAAAGCUUACAUGAGGACAUCGAUCUCUGGAAACUGGAAAGCAAACACAGGUUCUGCCAUGUUGGAACAGAUCGCCAUGACUGAGAGAUAUCGACUCUGGGCAGAUUCUGUUGCAGAGAUGUUUGGAGGCCUUGACAUCUGCGCAGUCAAAGCUGUUCACAGCAAGGAUGGAAAAGAUUAUAUAAUUGAGGUGAUGGACAGCUCAAUGCCUCUGAUUGGGGAGCAUAUAGAGGAAGACAGACAGCUAAUUGUGGACCUGGUUAUCUCCAGAAUGACGCAGGCCUGCCUGAGUAUGGGAUCAUCCCCUUCACCUCUGCGGCCUUGGCCUCAGUCAACGAAGUCACAGAUGCAGACUCAGGCAGGACCCCAGCUUGGACCACUUUCCCAACCCCGACCACCUCCUCAAGGGGGUCCACGCCAGCCUCAGGGAUCACAGCCAGCCCGGACGGGAACUCCACCCCAGCAAAGGCUCUCUCCCCAGGGUCAGCAACCUCUGAGCCCCCUGUCCACCUCACCACAGCAACAGAGGUCUCCUGGAUCUCCCCAGCAAACUAGAUCAUCCGCCGGAAGCUCACCAAGCCAGCCUUCCAAACCAGGCACCUUUCCCCCACAGCAGCCUAGACCUCCAGCCCAAGGACGAGCUCCCAGCCAGCAAGGCUCCAGCGAACCAGCCAGGCAGCAGGCUCCUCCUCAUCCUCAUCUAAACAAGUCACAGUCCCUGACAAACACUUUCAGCCUCUCAGAAUCCUCACAGCGGGGAACAGCCAAUGAAGACGAGGCAAAAGCUGAAACCAUCCGCAACCUGAGGAAGUCGUUUGCUAGCCUGUUUUCCGAUUAAUCUCUGCACAUAAAUUCUGAUACCAAGUUUGUA